AUGUCUAUCCCGCUCGAGGAUCUUAACGAGCCUUUCCUAGAAUCCGGCGCUGAUACCAGCAAUUCCGAGGGUCCUGAUUUCGAGUACUUGGCUACGCUACCUCCGAGCCAGAGCUUUACGGUUCAGUUCAAUGGUGAGCAGGUGUUUUUUGACUCGAUUGACUGGAGAGACAGCAAGCUUUUGAAGGUCCAGGUUCUUGUGGCCUUUCUGACGUUUAUUCUCUUUGGUUUGGCGGAUCAGACCAUCGGAACCAUCAUCCCAAAGCUUCAGGACCACUAUAAGAUCAACGACUUGCAAACCUCUUUCAUAUUUCUAGCAUCAACUAUGGGGUACUUCAUUCUGGCGCUCUGCUGUGAGUUUGUACAAAAGAGAUUUGGAAUUAGAGGUGUCGGCAUCAUUGGCACGGCUUCCAUGGCGUUGGGGUACACUGUGAUCAGCAUGAAUCCUCCAUACUUGGUGUUUAUUCUAUGCUAUGUGAUCAAUGGGCUCGGUUGUGGCAGUCUCGAUGCAAGUAUCAAUGGUUGGAUCGGAGGAAUCGCCGACUCAAACCAGAUCUUGGGUAUAGUUCACGGCUGCUAUGGUUUGGGGUGUAUGAUAUCGCCUCCGCUAGUGACUAAAUUAAUGGAAAGAAAAGUCAACCCUUGGCAUUGGAGCCAGUAUUAUGCGGUGCUUGGUGUUUAUGGGGCAAUCAAUUUGGCAGCAUUGAUAGUCUCCUUUCGUCAUGAAACCCCCACAAAGCACCGUUUCAACGUCAUUCUCAAGGAGACAAAACGGAACCUAUCCAACAAAAAUCCUGAUUCUGAGACAGCUUCCAUAGAAGAGUCCAAUAAGGACUCAACCAAAGAUUUAGAUGUUUCUUUCGCCGAUGCAAUGAAAUCUAAACUCGUGUGGGUUUUUGCCUUUUGCUUGUUCAUCUACGUGGGCGGUGAAGUUGCAUUUGGUGCUUGGUUGAUGACCUUUUUGAUUCGAAUCAAGAAACUUAGCUACCAUUAUUCUUCAUGGAUGGCCACCACCUUCUGGUUGGGUCUCACAGUCGGCAGAAUAGUGUUGGGUUUUGUCACUGCGUAUGUGUUCAAUAGUGAACUUAAGGCAAACCUUGCGUAUAUUAUAGGAUCAACUGCUGGCUACUUGGUGUUCUGUAUUUUUGGGUUUGCCACCGUGAACUGGAUCUUGUUCCCCAUCGUCUUUAUCACCGGUCUAUUUGUCGGCCCGAUCUUCCCUACGUUGAUCAUGGCGUCCAUCGAGACCUUGCCUGCCAGAUUCCAUGCUACUAGCGUUGGUUUCAUAUGCGCCUUUGGAGGAGGAGGCGCUGCAGCAUUGCCAUUUAUGGUUGGGUUUGUUGCCGAACACAGUAGGUUCGGAAUGAAGUCUCAGCCCUUUAUCGUGCUAGGCUUGUACGUUAUUCUUCUCGUCAUUUGGCUUGCAAUUUGCAACAGAUAUCGUGGGCAUAAACGGCGGGGAGCACUUUAA